AUGUUCGUAACAUUUGCUGCAAGCUCUCCGAUGCACUGCGAUCAGGACCCCGAAAAGAGAGCACCCAAGCCGAAACGCGCUCCAGUCACCCGGGCGUGCUCUUGGUGUCGCCUGAACCGGGUGCGCUGCGACAAUUACCACCCUUGUCGUAACUGUCGCCAUAGAAAAGGCAAAUGUCACAGAGACCACACGGCUGAAGUUGCCACUUUGCCAUCAGUCUUGAAGGAAAAUCAAGCGUUGAAAUUACGGAUCUCCCAUCUCGAGACCCAGAUCCGAGACCGGACAUCGUCAGAGCCUCUGCCUCGGAACUGGCAACGGCCGUAUCUUUCCCUUGGCCCUGCUACGGACAUUCGUAGAGGGCUCGUGGUGACAAAUGAUAUAGGAGGAACCCCGCAACUUUAUGGAUUCUCGUCAUUACGCUGUCUCUCCUCAAGGAUCACCUUGCAGUUGCGAUCCGUGUACGGAUGGCGGUAUUCAGACCUGGACAUUCAAUGCCAAACAGCAGGUUCACCUUUCGCCUGGCCUACGAAUAUUGUUUCCAGCAAUGCAUCCGGCUCUCCUUUGUCACAAGAAGAACUUACAAACGGUGCCUACAUGACCCGAGAGCAGGAAGAUGGAUGUUUAAGACUUUUCUGGCAAACCUAUCACUGUACGGUCCCAAUCCUCGAUGAACGUGCGUUUAAGGAGCAUCACGCGUCAAUAUGGGCGGGUCGACCAGCCGAUAGCAGGAUUAGAGAAAACUCGCCGCUUGUUGAUAUUGUCCUUGCCGUUUGUAUACAGUACGGCAUGACUCUUGUACCCAGAGAGAAUACAAGUGGAUGCUUGGACGCCGACAUCAAUACCACUGAUGCGAGCAAUGCCGGCCGUUGGUACUUCCAGCGCUCUCAGUCGUUACUAAGCGCAUACCUUGAAAAUCCAUCAGUGAUGCUACUUCAGUGCCAAAUAAUAUCGAUCAUAUACCUACGUGAUGCCUCAUUUUCGAAUAUGGCGUCCAGUGCUGCAGCCGCUGCCGUUCAGACGGUUUACGCUCUUGGCUUUCACUUAGAUUUCAAUGGAGAUUAUUGCCGAAAGGAACGCGAGUUUCACAAACGGUUAUGGUGCAUGACAUAUGCAUUGGAAAGUAAAAUUAGCAUGGAUCUAGGACGUCCCUUUGUAACUCGGGAGCUCAACGUAUGCCUACCAUCAGAUGAUCCGGAGCUGGCAUCAAUAUCCAGCACCAUGUUUACGCAACCAUCGAAGUUGGGAAUUAGAUGGUUGAGUUACCACGUCCACCAUGUUGAUCUCAUUCGAGUGGCUCGGGGGAUCUAUUCGAACUUGGAGGAUAAUCGCGCAUAUGAACUUGCCACGAAUGGUGGCAAAGAAUUCUACGAUGACCCCCAAACCAUGGAGAACUGCAGUAAAUUCUUAACCCAACAAAUCAGUAUCCUCUUAUCUUGGCUACAAAGCGUCCCUGACAUAUUAAUCUGUCGUAGAAAAUGCAGUGGGCGUUCAUUUUCUACGGACGGAUCGGCACUGGACAUAGAUAGAUGUGCGCCCAGCUGGCUUCAGAUGCAAAUAUUCACGCUUGAACUCAUAUAUCACGAUACAAUAAUCAAUUUUUGCCGGCCCUUCAUUAGCUUCCAGGCGAACUCGAGAACCUCCACGCCACUAUCAGACGAGACUGCAGCCAUAUGCCUGAAACACGCCAUCACCGUCACGGAUAUAGUCCACCAAGUCCUAGAAGAAACAGAGACUCUCUACGGCUGGCAUCGAGCAUAUCAAUUUCAAUGGAAUGCUACUCUUUCGAUGAUAGGUUUCGCAUUUGGCUACCAGGAAUCUCCUCUCGUCCCAUCGGCUCUCAUGGGGAUAAAAAAAGCUAUUAGUGUCUUCGAUAUGUUUGACAAUAACUUUGCAGCGGCCGCAUGUGUAGGCCGAAUUACUCGCGACCUUUUCUCUAUGUUAAAUCAAGUUUUAAAACUGCUAUAA